AUGGUCGUUCCACUCACUGUCUACAGCAACAGCGAUAUUCACUUCAGAAAGGGAGAAGACACCAUCCGGAAUGGCGUCUACUCUAUCUCUGAUGAGAACUACAAGCGUCUCAAGUAUCCAGCCUGGACUCCUACUUGGGAUCCAAAGCACCAAAUGGCUUUCACGAACCCUAAGCCAUUCAGACACACCGACAGAGGUUACUUUGGUGACCCUACUUUCCAAAACUUGCUCUCCGGCGAGAAAGUUCAAACCAGAAAGCUUAGUCCUAAGCUCGGAACCGAGGUCACUGGCGUGCAAUUGAGUGCCCUUACCCCAAGACAAAAAGACGAUCUAGCUUUGCUUGUGGAGCAAAGGGGUGUUGUUGUGUUCAGAGACCAAGACUUCAAGGACCAAUCGUUCGACUUCAUCAAAGACUGGGGCAGACAUUUCGGUCCUUUGCAUGUUCAUCCUACCUCUGGAGCACCUCUGGGGCAGCCAGAGUUCCACAUUACCUUCAGAAGAGGAAGCAAGGAUGAGGCCAGAAAGACUUUUGCCAACAAGCUGAACAACAUUUCGUGGCACUCUGACGUUACAUACGAGACCCAGCCACCUGGAAUCACUCUGUUUGGUAUGUUGCAAACCGAUGUUGGUGGAGACACUCAGUUCCUUGACACUGUUGAGGCCUACGAAAGACUCUCACCAACCAUGAAGAAGCUGUUGGACGGCCUUAAGGUUCUUCACACAUCGAAGGACCAGGCUUUCAAUGCCAGACAACAGGGUGGUAUUGAGAGAAAAACCCCAAUUGACUCGAUCCACCCACUGGUCAGAUACCAUCCUGUCCUGAAGAAAAAAUGUCUGUUUGUGAACAGAGGCUUCUCCAGAAGAAUCCUGGGUCUCAAAGAGGAGGAGAGUCAGGCCCUCCUGAACUUCCUGUUCAGACACCUGGACACCUGUUUGGACGCUCACAUUCGUGCUCAAUGGGAUGAGAGAACUAUCACCAUUUGGGACAAUCGUCGUCUGCUGCACACCGCCACCCUUGAUUGGGAUUCCGACAACCUGAGACAUGCCUUCCGGUUGACCACCAUUGCUGAGAGACCAAUUGGCAGCGAGGAGGAAUUCAAUGAAUGGACCGAGGAACUGGAGGAGGAAAAAAUUAAGCGCACGGAGGAGGACAGUCUCAUUCCACCAUACGAAUAUUACGAGAGAUACUACAAAUAG